AUUUUACUCUGCCUUUCAAAUUUUAAUUGAACGCGCGCAACUUCUUAAAUAGCUAGUUAUAGGUGUGAGCGAGACAGCUCUAUAGGUGCGCAACAGCAGUGCUAACAAACGGCCUUAAUACGAAUUAGUGUUGUGUAGCAGGGUAAUUUGGACUUUGUACCGCAGCUGAUUUGAUCGCCGCGAAGAAAUUUGUCCGGUUCAAUUCAUCAACAUGGCACAAGCUAUUAAGUUAUAUUAUGACUUUUUGUCGCCGCCAUCGCGUGCAAUGUGGCUGGCGCUCAAAUUGUGUAAAACCCCAUUCGAAGACUGCCCCGUGGCGCUGCGCAAACGCGAACAAUUGACCGAUGAGUACAAAAAGAUCAAUCGCCUCCAGAAGGUGCCGGCACUGGUGGAUGGCGAUUUCCAUCUAUCCGAGAGCGUGGCCAUGAUACGCUAUCUCUCGGAUAAAAACCAACUGAGCGAACAGCUUUAUCCGAAAGGCCUGCAGGCACGUGCACGUGUGGAUGAGUGCUUGGAGUGGCAGCAUAUAAAUGUCCGUGUGCCCUGUGGCACAUACUUCAUCAAGGGCUGGCUGCUGCCCGUCAAUGGACUGGCCGCUAAGCCUAAGCCAGAGGUGGCCGAAAAACUUUUGAAAGAUGUUGAAGGCUCAUUGGGUGCGUUGGAGCACCUCUGGAUGAAGGAGGAGUUCUUGGUCGGAAAUAAGCUGACCGUUGCCGAUUUAUUAGGCGCCUCCGAAAUCGAACAGCUGAAGCUCUGCCAGUUCAAUGUAAAUGAGCGACAGUUUCCCAAGGUGGCCAAAUGGUUGCAGCGUGUGCGCGAUGCGGCCCAGCCUUAUCAUGAUGUGGCCUAUGAAUUUGUUCAGAAGAAGUCCAAGCAGCCAGUCCGGGCUAAGAUUUAAGCUGUUCCAGACAGCUCUGCUUGGCCUUUGCCCUUUACGACUGCAUAUGAAUUAUAUAUACUGCCCAGUUAAUA